CUGAUGCAGUUUCCUCUCGGUCGUCGUGGAGUCCACACGUCUAAUCUACGUAAAAAGCUUCACGUAUCCGAGCUUUAUAUGUUUUAUGUGUGAGGUGUCAUCAGAGUUACGGCGCCGCAUUGUCUUCACUUAAAUCAUCUAGUGCUUGUGAACCUGUGUACGGCUCCGUUGACACAUAUCUUAUAGUGAUUGAAACUGUUUGUUGUUGCAAUUAUAUUUGAAACUAAGUUUAAGCAUACUUUUUAAACACGGGAUGUUUUGAAACAUUAGGAUCUAUAUCUCAAAGAAGCAGCUUGGCGCGGCGUAGCGGGCGGGCCGCGCCAUGGGUAACAAAUGCUGCAGCCGCCGCCAUGACCCGGAACGACCUCUAGUGUACCCAGCGUACAAGAAGAACGAACCUGGGUUCACCGCCUGCCCGUCGCUAGAGACGCGAUACACCGGCGAGCCCAACAACCGAGCGCCGCGCCGAACUGCCGACAUAGUGCGGACACGGAACCCGGGGACAUGUAUAACCAACGGCGGGCGGCGCGUAGUCAAAGCGCUAUGCGCAUACACGGCGCGCGCCGACUCCGACAUCUCAUUCCGCAAAGGCGACCGCAUGGAGGUCCUCAACGACGCGGAGACGGACUGGUGGCGCGUGCUGCACCUCACCACGCGGCGGGAGGGGCUCGUGCCUGUCAACUUCGUGGCAGAAGAAAGCUCUGUCGAGUGCGAAGAGCAAUCUCAACAUUCCAGUUGGUUCUUCCCCACCGUUUCGAGAAAGGAAGCGGACAAGCUCCUACUAGCUGAGAGCAAUCCCCGGGGUACCUUCCUCGUGAGGCCCGCGGAACACAACCCCCACGGGUUCAGUCUCAGCGUGAAAGACUGGGAGGAGGGCCGUGGAUACCAUGUGAAGCACUACAAGAUCAAGCCCCUGGACAAUGGCGGGUUCUAUAUCGCCACCAAUCAGACCUUCCCGAGUCUACCGGCGCUUGUCAUGUCGUAUACAAAGAACGCGCUAGGCCUCUGCCACGUGCUGGCGCGGCCCUGCCCCAAGCCCGAGCCGCAGAUGUGGGACCUCGGGCCAGAGUUACGGGACAAGUGGGAGAUACCCCGGAGUGAGAUUCAACUGAUACGGAAGCUUGGACAAGGGAACUUCGGAGAGGUGUAUUAUGGAAAAUGGCGGAAUAAUAUUGAGGUCGCCGUGAAGACGCUGCGAGAGGGCACCAUGUCCACGCAAGCGUUCCUGCAGGAGGCAGCUAUCAUGAAGAAGUUCAGGCACAAGCGACUAGUGGCUCUCUACGCGGUGUGUUCGACGCAGGAACCCGUCUACAUAGUCCAAGAGUACAUGAGCAAAGGCAGUCUCCUAGAAUUCCUCAGAAACGGGGAGGGCAAGUUCCUACACUUCGAAGACCUAGUCUACAUCGCCGCGCAAGUCGCCUCCGGCAUGGAAUACCUCGAAUCCAAACUCCUCAUACACAGGGACUUGGCCGCCCGAAACGUUCUAAUAGGCGAGAACAACAUAGCGAAAAUAUGCGACUUCGGUCUCGCGAGAGUCAUAGAAGACAACGAAUACUGCCCCAAACAAGGAUCGCGGUUCCCGGUCAAAUGGACCGCGCCCGAGGCGAUCAUCUACGGAAGAUUCUCGAUCAAAAGCGACGUCUGGUCGUACGGCAUACUUCUCAUGGAGUUAUUCACGUACGGACAGAUCCCGUACCCCGGUCUGCACGGGAAGGAGGUGAUCGAGCAGGUGGAGCGCGGGUACCGGAUGCCGAAGCCGGUGGGCCACUGUCUCCCGGACGACAUCUACCGGCUCAUGCUGCAGUGCUGGGACGCCAUCCCGGAGAAGCGGCCCACCUUCGAGUUCCUCAACCACUACUUCGAGUCCUUCACGGUCACCAGUGAGAUACCGUACAGAGAAGUGCAGGACUAGUGCUUAGGUGCUGUGAUAUAGUAGUUAAAUAGUGCGAGACUGUGUAAGGUCCUUAGCGAAUCGUGGAACCGUGGCACGGACGCUCCCGGUGCCUGCGGACGCUGCGGUUUCAUCCUUUUAGUAUUUUUAUACUCGAAAGCGUUAUAACAAUACAGGAAUGAGUGAGCUUGUCGUUUUUAUUCGCCGGCUUCCGUUUCCGAGCCGCGUGCGACGGUCGAUUACGAAAUUACGCAUAAGUCCACUAAAAUAUUUUAAGAGUAUAGCUGUGCAAAUUUUAACUUUUAUUUUCUUAUUUAUUAGCGACGGUAGCUUUACGGGCGCACGUAGUAUUGUUUUGCAUUUUGUACAAAUGAGAAUGUUCACUAAAACGUAAGCAAUAAGAUUAAAAACGAUAUAAAAUGUUAACACGAUAUUUUUCAUAUUCUAAAAUGGUAUGUGAUACAUUAUCACUUAAGGCACGACACUACAGUAAUUAAAUUAUGAAAAAAAAACUAAUAAAGAUCUCAAAACACGCCUCAUUCAUAUUUCAAAUGUUCUCAUCAUGCCGACUUCUGUUGUCCAUCUUUUUUGCACAUUAAUUUUAAUGUACACACAUUGUAAACCUGUAUUGCGUACAAAUUAAAAAUACUGCCAAGUCUUUAUAAUAAAUCAAAUAUAUACUCGCUCCUUUGCCAUUGUAAGCGAUUUACAGUUCAAGUCACAUGUGCAAUAAUGAUCAGUUUUGUCCGCAAAGGAGUGCUCUAAUGUAAAAAGACAAAUUAAUGACCCUAGCUUUAGGACCAUAUACCAAAGAGAUUGUACAUUGUGAGCGAAUGGUAGACGUAGAGGGGAGGUAUUUAAUUUCUAGCAUAGUUAGAACUUGUGACCUGUGUAACUUUAAUAUAAUUUGACCAAUUAUCUAUUGACAUGUAACAAUUGUAAAAUAUUAACUAAUUUCAAUUUAAAUGACUGAUCAUUGAUCUUAAUGUUGGUUACCUAAUGUAACUAAUUUCGUUGUUCUACACUUACGCCUGGCCACUCGCUGUGGUUUUUUUAGUCAGCUCUGCUGUACGAUUUGCAGUCAAUUUUGUCACGUGUAAGACUGCCUUUAUACUUGGCAUGUAUAGCAAAGUAGGUAAAAUCGCGGCGGUGUGCGAGUGCCCUAACGAGUAUUGAACCCUUGCUUUAGUCACUUAAUCAUCUCAUCAUCUUAGGAAGUGUAUAAAGCCAAUGAAAAAUAGUGUCUUAAAUAACAUUCCAAAUAUUCAAACACGUUAAAUUUCGACACUUUUGUAUGAAAAUUGACUAGAUUUUUAAGAUUUUGUACAUACAAUGAAAUAAAUGUCAUUGAUAUAAAA